ACAACUGAACUUACAACUGAGAUUACGACAAACUCUCCUCCUACUUCAACUACACUUCCAACUACUGUUUCUACAACAGAAACAACACAAACAUCUGAGCCUACAACUGUAGUUACAACAAACUCACCUACAACUGCAACUACACUUCCAACUACUGUUUCUACAAAAGAAACGACAGAGACAUCUGAACCUACAACUGUAGUUACGACAAACUCACCUACAACUGCAACUACACUUCCCACUACUGUCUCUUCUACAGAAAUGACACAGACAUCUGAACUUACAACUGUGGUUAUGAGAAACUCACCUACAACUGCAACAACACUUCCAACUACUGUCUCUAAUACAGAAACGAUACAAGCAAAUGAACCUACAACUGUGGUUACGACAAACUCUCCUCCUACAUCGACUACACUUCCAACUACUGUUUCUACAACAGAAACGACACAAACAUCUGAGCCUACAACUGUAGUUACGACAAACUCACCUACAACUGCAACUACACUUCCAACUACUGUUUCUACAAAAGAAACGACAGAGACAUCUGAACCUACAACUGUAGUUACUACAAACUCACCUACAACUGCAACUACACUUCCCACUACUGUCUCUUCUACAGAAAUGACACAGACAUCUGAACUUACAACUGUGGUUAUGACAAACUCACCUACAACUGCAACAACACUUCCAACUACUGUCUCUUCAACAGAAACGAUACAAGCAACUGAACCUACAACUGAGAUUACGACAAACUCUCCUCCUACUUCAACUACACUUCCAACUACUGUCUCAUCCACAGAAACGAAACAGACCUCUGAACUUACAUCUGAGAUUACGACAAACUCUCCUACUACUGCAACUACACUUCCAACUACUGUUUCUACAACAGAAACGACACAAACAUCUGAGCCUACAACUGUAGUUACGACAAACUCACCUACAACUGCAACUACACUUCCAACUACUGUUUCUACAAAAGAAACGACAGAGACAUCUGAACCUACAACUGUAGUUACGACAAACUCACCUACAACUGCAACUACACUUCCAACUACUGUCUCUUCAACAGAAACGACACAAACAAUUGAACUUACAACUGAGAUUACGACAAACUCUCCUCCUACUUCAACUACACUUCCAACUACUGUCUCUUCUACAGAAACGACACAAACAUCUGAACCUACAACUGUAGUUAUGACAAACUCACCUACAACUGCAGCAACACUUCCCACUACUGUCUCAUCCACAGAAACGACACAGACAUCUGAACUUACAACUGUUGUUAUGACAAACUCACCUACAACGGCAACUACACUUCCAACUACUGUCUCUUCUACAGAAACGACACAAACAUCUGAACCUACAACUGUAGUUAUGACAAACUCACCUACAACUGCAGCAACACUUCCCACUACUGUCUCAUCCACAGAAACGAAACAGACCUCUGAACUUACAUCUGAGAUUACGACAAACUCUCCUACUACUGCAACUACACUUCCAACUACUGUUUCUACAACAGAAACGACACAAACAUCUGAGCCUACAACUGUAGUUACGACAAACUCACCUACAACUGCAACUACACUUCCAACUACUGUUUCUACAAAAGAAACGACAGAGACAUCUGAACCUACAACUGUAGUUAAGACAAACUCACCUACAACUGCAACUACACUUCCAACUACUGUCUCUUCUACAGAAAUGACACAGACAUCUGAACCUACAACUGUGGUUAUGACAAACUCACCUACAACUGCAACUACACUUCAAACUACUGUUUCUACAAAAGAAACGACAGAGACAUCUGAACCUACAACUGUAGUUACAACAAACUCACCUACAACUGCAACUACACUUCCAACUACUGUCUAUUCUACAGAAACAACACAAACAUCUGAACCUACAACUGUAGUUAUGACACACUCGCCAACAACUGCAACAACACUUCCAACUACUGUCUCUUCAACAGAAACGAUACAAGCAACUGAACCUACAACUGUGGUUACGACAAACUCUCCUCCUACUUUAACUACACUUCCAACUACUGUUUCUACAACAGAAAUGACACAAACAUCUGAGCCUACAACUGUGGUUAUGACAAACUCACCUACAACUGUAACAACAGUUCCAACUACUGUUUCUACAACAGAAACGACAGAGACAUCUGAACCUGCAACUGUAGUUACAACAAAUUCACCUACAACUGCAAGUACACUUCCAACUGCUGUUUCUACAAAAGAAGCGACAGAGAUAUCUGAUCCUAUCACUGUAGUUACGACAAACUCACCUACAACUGCAACUACACUCCCAACUACUGUCUCUUCUACAACAGAAACGAUACAAACAUCUGAGCCUACAAUUGUAGUUACGACAAACUCACCUACAACUGCAACGACACAUCCCACUUCUGUCUCUUCUACAGAAAUGAUACAGACAUCUGAACCUACAACUGUGGUUACGACAAACUCACCUACAACUGCAACUACACUUCCAACUACUGUUUCUACAAAAGAAGCGACAGAGACAUCUGAUCCUAUCACUGUAGUUACGACAAACUCACCUACAACUGCAACUACACUUCACACUUCUGUCUCUUCUACAGAAAUGACACAGACAUCUGAACCUACAACUGUGGUUACGACAAACUCACCUACAACUGCAACUACAGCUCCAACUACUGUCUCUUCUACAGAAAUGACAAAGACAUCUGAACCUACAACUGUGGUUACGACAAACUCACCUACAGAAAUGACACAGACAUCUGAACCUAUAACUGUGGUAACGACAAACUCACCUACAACUGCAACUACACUUCCAACUACUGUCUCUUCAACAGAAACGACAGAGACAUCUGAACCUAUCACUGUAGUUACGACAAACUCACCUACAACUGCAACUACAGCUCCAACUACUGUCUCUUCUACAGAAAUGACAAAGACAUCUGAACCUACAACUGUGGUUACGACAAACUCACCUACAGAAAUGACACAGACAUCUGAACCUAUAACUGUGGUAACGACAAACUCACCUACAACUGCAACUACACUUCCAACUACUGCCUCUUCUACAGAAACGACACAGACAACUAAUCCUACAACUGUGGUUACAACAAACUCACCUACAACUGCAACUACACUUCCAACUACUGUUUCUACAGAAACAACACAGAUAUUUGAACCUACAACUGUGGUUGCGACAAACUCACCUACAACUGCAACUACACUUCCCACUAUUGUUUCUACAAAAGAAACAACACAGACAUCUGAACCUACAACUGUGGUAACAACAAACUCACCUACAACUGCAACUACACUUCCAACUACUGUCUCCUCUACAGAAAUGACACAGACAUCUGAACCUACAACUGUGGUAACAACAAACUCAGCUACAACUGCAACUACACUUCCAGCUACUGUCUCUUCUAUAGCAACAACACAGACAUCUGAACCUACAACUGUGGUUACGACAAAUUCACCUACAACUGCAUCUACACUUCCAACAACUGUGUCUUCUAAAGAAACAACACAGACAUCUGAACCUAUAACUGUGGUUACGACAAACUCACCUACAACUGCAACUACACUUCCAACUACUGUCUCUUCAACAGAAACAACACAAACAACUGAACCUACAACUGUGGUUACAACAAACUCACCUACAACUGCAACUACACUUCCAACUACUAUCUAUUCUACAGAAACAACACAGACAUCUGAACCUACAACUGUAGUUAGGACAAACUCACCUACAACUGCAACAGAAUCUACAACUGUGGUUACGACAAACUCACCUACAACUGCAACAACACUUCCAACUACUGUCUCUUCAACAGAAACGACACAAACAUCUGAACGUACAACUGUAGUUACGACAAACUCUCCUACUAAUGCAGCUACACUUCCAACUACUGCCUCUUCUACAGAAACGACACAAACAACUGAGCUUACAACUGUGGUUACGACAAACUCUCCUAGUACUGCAACUACACUUCCAACAACUGUUUCUUCAACAGAAACAACACAAACAUUUGAACCUACAACUGUGACUCCAACUACCCCCAAAACAACCCAGUCAGUUCUUUUUAGUUUUUCCAGCGAUGAAACUUUUGUGAAUGAUCUGUCAAUUACCACUUCAUCUGCAUAUAUAAACAGAGAAAAAAGAGUCUUAAAUGAGCUGAAACCAUUAUUUAUGACAAAUUUCAACUCCUUCAAUAGUCUGGUAGUUAUUAAGUUCCGUCCAGGGUCAAUCAUCACUGACAUGAAUGCGAUUUUUGGAGAACAAUUAGCCAAUACAGAGGGCAUUACAAUGACUGUUUUGCAAGCCAAAGCCACUCUUAAUAUCACCAGUGUAACAGUGACAGAGGCGACCACCACCACCACCACACCCAGUACCACUACACCUAUAACAAGACCUACCACAAGUACAAUCACACCUAAUACAAAUACCGCCAGCCCUACAAACACAAACUUUCCCACGACUGCAACUUCACUUCCAACUACUGUCUCUAAUACAGAAACAACACAAACAACUGAAUCUACAACUGUAGUUACGACAAACUCUCCUAGUACUACAACAACAUUUUCAACUACUGUCACUUCAACAGAAACGACACAAACAUCUGAACCUACAACUGUGGGUUACGACAAACUCACCUACUACUGCAACAACACUUCCAACUACUGUCUCUUCAAAAGAUACGACACAAACAUCUAUUACGACAAAACUCACCUACUACUGCAACAAUGCUUCCAACUACUCUCUCUACAACAGAAUCUACAAAAAACAACUGAACCUACAACUGUAGUUACAACAAACUCACCUGACUACUGCAACUACACUUCCAAACUACUGUCUCUUUCAACAGAAACAACAAAGACUUCUGAACCUACAACUGAGAUUACCGACAAACUCUUCCUUCCUACUGCAACUACACUUCCAACUACUAUCUCUUCAAACAGAAACGACAACGACAACUGAACCUACAACUGAGAUUACGACCCAAACUCUCCUCUUACUUCAACUACACUUCCAACUACUGUUCUCUUCAACAGAAACGACACAGACAACUGAACCUACAACUGAUAUUACGACAAACUCUCCUACUACUGCAACUACACUUCCAACUACUGUCUCUUCAACAGAAAACGACACAAACAACUGAACCUACAACUGUAGUUACAACAAACUUUCCUACUACUUCCAACUAAACUUCCAACUACUGUUUCUUCAACAGAAACGACACAAACAACUGAACCUACAUCUGUAGUUACAACAAACUCUCCUACUACUGAAACUACACUUCCAACUACUGUUUCUUCAACAGGAAACAACACAGACAACUGCACCUACAACUGAGAUUACGACAAACUCUAAUACUACUGCAACUACACUUCCAACUACUGUAUCUUCAACAGAAACGACACAGACAACUGAACCUACAACUGUAGUUACGACAGAUUCUCCUACUACUUCAACUAAACUUCCAACUACUGUAUCUUCAACAGAAACGACACAGACAACUGAACCUACAACUGUGGUUACAACAGAUUCUCCUACUACUUCAACUACACUUCCAACCACUGUCUCUUCACCAGAAACGACACAAACAAUUGAGCCUACAACUGCGGUUACGACAAACUCACCUUCAACUGCAACUACUCUUCCGAUUAGUGUUUCUUCAACAGAAACAACACAGACAACUGAACCUACAACUGAGAUUACUUACAAACUCUCCUCCUACUGCAACUACACUUCCAACCACUGUCUCUACAACAGAAAUUACACAGACAAUCUGAACCUACAACUGACAUUACGACAAACUCUCCUCUUACUUCAACUACGCUUCCUACUUCUGUUUCUUCAACAGAAAUGACAC